AUGGAUGAUCAACAAAUUGAAAGUGAACGUAGUACAGAUGUUGAUGAAAUGGAUACAUCUGAAGAUAAUCUUCAAAAACCAAAUAUUUUCAAUAAAUAUUUACCUUUUAACGAUUCAAUUAAACGGCAAGGUUAUGAUUUUUUCGAAGAAAUUAAAGAAAAUAUAUCACGUAUUAUACAAUUACGUGAAUUAAGACCGGGGUUUUCACAUUGGUCAUCGAAAUUACAACGUUUUAUGUCAUUAUAUGGUCUUCAUUUUACAAAAGUUGAUCAUAUUAAAUUAAUUCAUUUAUAUUUAUCAGUACUUUCAAUUGAUGAUCUCGAUUUUUCUCAUAUGGAUAAAAAGAAAAAGAGACAAUUAUUACAGAAUCGUGAAGAUUUUAUUGCUCAACUUUAUCAAGAAUGUAGAUCGAUAAAAGAAAUAAAUAAAUGGUCACAAUUUGAACCGAUUUACGAAAAAUUACAAAAAGUGAUUGAUGUUGAAAAGGAACUUUCAAAAUCCAAUCCAAUUUGGAAUCGUGAAGAAAAAUUGAAUGAUUUUAUCGAAUGGUUACAUACCAAUGGUGUUGAUACCUCAAAUUUUGAAAUUGAUUCAUUUGAAAAUUAUGGAUUUGGUUUAAAAGCAACAAAAGCACUUACAUCUGAUGAAUGUUUUCUAACUGUACCACUUUCAAUUAUUAUUACAACGGAUACAAUUAUGUCGUCUCAACCAUUUGCUUCAUUGAUUAGUAAUGAUCAAUUACUUCAUUCAAUGCCAAAUGUCGCUUUAGCAUUAUUUCUACUUCACGAACGAUAUCAAUCAUCAAAAUGGAAACCAUAUAUUGAUGUUUUACCAAGUCAUUUUAAUACACCAUUAUAUUUCGAUUCUAAUCAAUUAAAUAGACUUAAAUCAUCUACUGCACUUUGUGAUAUCUUACUACAUAUACAACGUAUAGCUAGGCAAUAUUGUUAUUUACAUAAUCUUCUCAAGAGUCAAGUGUCACUUUCGAAACUUUCGGAAAAUUUUUCAUAUGAUACUUAUCGAUGGGCAGUUAGUGUUGUUUCAACACGACAGAAUAAUAUAUUGAAUAAUAAUGGAGUAGCUCAAUUAGCUUUAAUACCUGUUAUGGAUUUUCUUAAUCAUCAAUUUGGUCAAGAAUGUAUUCAUUAUGAUCUAAAUCUUAAACAAAUUGAAUGCAAAACAAUGAAUGAUAUUAACAAAAACGAACAAAUAUUUAUGUUUUAUGGUAAACGAACAAAUGCGGAAUAUUUAAUUCAUAAUGGAUUUGUACCUGAACAACCAAAUCCGAAUGAUACAUAUUUAUUAAAACUAGCUCUUCCAAAGACAGACAAAGCUUUUGAAGAAAAACGUCAACUUCUAGAACGUUAUGGAAUAGAAACAUCGGAUAAAUUUCUUUUAUUUGUUGAUAAUGAACUUUUCAAUCCGGCAAUAUUUAUUUUUAUUAAAAUCUUUCUUAUGAAUUUAGAUGAUGUGUCUAACACACUUUCAAAGAAUAUGACAAUGGAUGAAUUUUUUAAUAUAUAUACAUUAGAUCAAGAUAAUGAUGUUCGAACAUUUCUUAAAACACGUAUUCAAUUAUUAAUACGUUCAUUAAAUCUAACAUGUUUAACAAAUAAUGAUUUCAUUGAUUAUUUAUUAAUGUCUGAACAUAAUAUAUUAGCAUCUGCUUUAAAAAAACUUGAACUUCCAUUUUAA